UCCGUCUCAAUUUCGCUACUCUCUUUGUAUUUUUUUUUUUUUUGGUAUAAUAAACGCAGAAACCUAAAGAAAUCCCAGAACUCAAAGAUUCAGAGAGUGAUAUUACUCUAUAGUGCUGAGUCUUAUGGAGUUCUUUUGAGUAAUCUCUCUUUUUGUUUCAACGCCUGGACUGGAGGCGACGCUCUCACUUGGAAUUUGAAUUUGAUUGAUCGAAAUCCAUAAAAGAAACUUUGAGGGAUUCUGGAUUCGUGGAUAAACAAAAAUGGCUGGAUCAGAGGAGAACAACCCAGGUGUGGUUGGAGCAACAAAUCUUCAAGGGGGUUUACACGCUGGAGGAGGAAAGCUUGUGGCAGCAACUGGACACAAUCGGCGGGCAUUAAGCAUAAUCAAUCGGAAUAUAAUUGGAGCUCAACCUUAUCAUUGUGCAGUCCAUAAAAGAGCCUUGUCCGAAAGAAAUGUAAUCUGUGAUAAGAACCACCCACCUAUUCCUCCACCUAUUCCUGUGAAUCGACCGAUUACUAGGAAGUUUGCUGCUCAGAUGGCUAACAAACAGCAACUUAAACCUGAGUCCAAGGAAGCUAAGAGGCCAGUCCUACCAGCCCCAACUUCAAUGGAGUCAGAGGAUUGUAUAAUCCUUGAUGUGGAAGAUGAAUUGGCUGUGCCGAUGUUUGUGCAACACACAGAAACAAUGCUGGAUGAGUUUGACAGCAUGGAGGAGGUUGAAAUGGAAGAUGUGUCUGAAGAGCCUGUUGCAGACAUAGACAGUACAGACAAAAAGGACCCACUUGCUGUAGUUGAGUAUAUUGAUGACUUGUAUAACUUCUACAGGAAAGCAGAGAGUACUAGCUGUGUCCCACCAAACUACAUGACACAGCAAUUCGAUGUAAAUGAGAGGAUGAGAGGUAUUCUCAUUGACUGGCUGAUUGAGGUGCACUAUAAGUUUGAACUGAUGGAUGAGACUUUAUAUCUCACUGUUAAUCUCAUUGAUAGAUUCUUAGCAAUUCAACCAGUAGUUAGGAAGAAGCUUCAGCUGGUUGGGGUGACAGCCAUGCUUCUUGCAUGCAAAUACGAAGAAGUAUCAGUUCCUGUUGUAGAGGAUCUCAUCCUGAUAUCUGAUAAGGCUUACAGCAGAAAAGAAGUGCUUGACAUGGAGAAGUUGAUACUUAAUACUCUGCAGUUCAAUGUAUCUGUACCCACUCCUUAUGUGUUUAUGAGGAGGUUUCUCAAAGCUUCUCAGUCUGAUAAGAAGCAGCUUGAGCUUCUGUCAUUCUUCUUGAUCGAGCUUUGCCUGGUUGAAUAUGAAAUGCUCAAGUUUCCGCCUUCUAUGUUAGCUGCUGCUGCAAUUUACACAGCUCAGUGCACUCUAACUGGCUCCAAUCAAUGGAGUAAGACAAGCGAGUGGCAUACCAAUUACACGGAAGAGCAUCUUUUUGAAUGCUCAAGACUGAUGGUUAGUUUCCAUCAAAAGUCAGGAACGGGGAAACUUACUGGCGUUCACCGGAAGUAUAGUACCUCCAAGUUUGGUUAUGCAGCAAAAACUCAUCAGCCUGCUAACUUUCUCCUGGAGACCAGAUUUGGUGUUCAUUAAAUUCUUCAAUUGAGCAACUUAGGUUGCCCCCCAUACGGUGUUCUCUUCAUUGGAUUGCGUCUGAGAUGAGUUGUUUGAAAAUGUUAGGACGUUUUUCUAGUUGAAAAUAAUAGAUUUUUAAGUUUUUUAUUCAACUUGUGCCAACGGAGGCUUAUGUAAUUUCAUCUUUUAAUUUGAACUGUAAUAAGUGGUGUUUGAUGUAUUUGAAUGAAUGUACUCGAUCUAUCUGUGAGAGCACAUUUGCCAACAGCCAAUUUCAGUAC